AUGGACCUGCGGAGGCGACAGCAUUUCCGUUGCUGCAUCCAGCGGGAAGGCCAGUCCAUUGCUCAAUACGUGGCGGCUCUUCGCACCGCCGCCAUGGACUGCGAAUUUUAUGAUCUCGAUGAUGCCAUCCUAGAGCAAUUCAUAUACGGCCUCUGUGACAUCAACCUCCACCGGCGCAUCCUCGCUCGGACCGAAUUGUCCUUGAAGAUCACCGUGGAUGAGGCCAGGGCGUACGAGAUGGCUGGCCAGUCCACCCCUGACUACCGCCGGUUCCCGCCCUUGGUCUUGGCCUCGCUUCCUCCGUCAUACCAGUGCCGGGUGUCCCACGAAGAGCCUCGGCCCGAUUUCGAUACCUCCGUCGACCGGCUGCGUUCCCUCUCCUUCAAGGACGCCGGGUCCUGUCUCAGCUGUGGCAGUCGCCACCAGAGUUCCUCCUGUCAUUUCCGCGCCGCCCUCUGCCGCCAAUGUGGCAAGAAGGGCCACAUUGCCGCUGUAUGCCAGUCCCCUGCUUCGGCUCCUCGGGCCUCCAGGGCUCCCACCGGCCAUUGUCCGGCCUCUACUCCUUCUUCUGCUUCCCACUGCUACGCCGUGUCUGAGCCGGACAGGUUCGCUCCUGAUUGGACUCUGCCUCCACCACUUCAGGCGGCCAGGUAUGGCCGGUUCCAUGGUCCUUUGCCCCUUAUUGUGGUCAGGAACUCCUUGACCUCACUCCUGGGGCUGGACUGGUUCCGGGCCUUUGGGUUGUCCAUCGCUGGCAGCAACUCCCUCCGGCUGGCUUCCGAUGUCGACCUGUUGGUGGCAGAAUUCGCCGAUGUAUUCAGCGAGACCCUGGGCUGCUACACAAGCACCCCAAUUUCCCUGAACCUUGACCCCUUGGUAGCCCCCAUUCGCCUCAAAGCCCGCUGAGUGCCAUUGGUGCUGAAGGCUAAAGUAGACGCUGAGCUGGACAAGCUCAUCACCCAGGGCAUCCUCGAGCCCGUGGACCACGCCCCCUGGGAAACCCUCAUAGUGCUUUCCCUGAAGUCAGAUGGCUCCCUGAGGGUCUGUGCUGACUACAAGGCCACCCUCAAUAAGGCCUUACAAGCCCACCCCUACCUUGUCCCCGUCGUCCAGCAUGUGCUGCAUUCCCUGGGCCAGGGCAAGAUUUUUGCCAAAUUGGACCUGGCCCAGGCGUAUCAGCAACUGCCUGUGGACGAUGCCACUGCCACUGCCCAGACAAUUGUCACUCACAGGGGGGCGUUCCGCUGCACUCGCCUGCAGUUUGGCAUCAGCGUCGCCCCCGGCCUGUUCCAGGGACUAAUGGAGCGCCUGCUCCAUGGGAUCCCUGGCGUGACGCCAUACUUUGAUGACGUCCUGAUUGCCGCCCCGGACCAAUCAGGACUCAUCUCCACGUUACGGGCCGUCCUCUCCCGUUUCUGAGCCUCUGGACUGCGCCUCAAGUGCUCCAAGUGCUGCCUCGGGGUUCCCGCCGUAGAUUUCCUUGGGUUCCGGGUGGACGCCCAAGGCAUCCACCCCUCCCCUGCUAAAAUAGAAGCCAUUACCAACGGGCCAACCCCCUCUAACAAGGCGGAGCUCCAAGCCUUCUUGGGGCUCUUGAACUUCUACGCUGCCUUCAUCCCCCAUAAGGCUUUGCCGCGUAAUUACAGCCACCUGGACAAGGAAGCGCUGGUGGCCGUAGCUGGCAUCAAAAGAUUCCACCAUUACCUCUACGGCCACCCCUUCACACUCCUUACCGAUCACAAGCCCCUCCUGGGCAUCCUAGCAGGGGACUGCGCCACACCCCGUAUCCUCUCCCCGCGCAUGUCCCGCUGGUCCAAGUUCCUUUCACACAACCUGGAGCUGCCACUCUCCGCCUCAGAUUUCGCCACCUCCACAGCUACCGACCCACUCCUCUCGCACAUGUUAGAUGCCGUUUGCUGGGGCUGGACGGCGGACUCUCGGACUCCCGACUUCCAGCCGUUCCUCCGCCACCACACCAAACUUUCCGUCCUCCAGGGAUGCCUCAUCUGGGGAUCUCGAGUAGUCGUACCGCCCUCCCUCCACCAGCUGGUGCUCCGCCGGCUCCAUGAGGGUCACCCGGGCAUAGUCCGCAUGAAGGCCCUCGGCCACGGCUAUGUCUGGUGGCCCUCUAUAAACGCCGACAUCACUGGCUGGGUGCAGCGGUGCCCUCCCUGCCAGGCGGUCCGCCCCGCGCCUGCAUCUGCCCUGCCCCGGGAAUGGGACACCCCCUCCUCUCCCUGGAGCCGCCUUCACGCCGAUUUCUUCGGCCCCAUUGAUGGCCACUCCUUUCUGCUGCUCGUCGAUGCCCUUUCCAAAUGGGUGGAAGCUGUCCACCUCUGCUCCCUCACCUCUGCCACAACUACCCAUGCCCUGGAGUGCCUGUUCUCCACCCACGGCCUCCCUGACACAUUGGUGAUCGACAACGGUCCCCAAUUUACAUCGGCUGAAUUCCGCCUCUACCUCGCCAGCUUAGGAAUCCACCAUGCCCUGGUGGCCCCAUACCACCCAGCCAGCAAUGGCAUGGCGGAAUGCGCUGUUCACUCUGCCAAGGAGGGCUGGCCUGCUUGA